GUUUCUGUCACCAAAGCGGACAGACAAAGGUUCCAGUGUUAUAUCAGCUUUUGUUUUGUCAUGUUAUUCAGCCAACACUGUAGCUCCUAACACUUUGUCCCUACAGUAAGGUUAAACUGUAUCAAUCACUGUCACUCAUCAAUAAGAUGAGAUUGCCAUGGCAGAUCCUUUCCCUACACUCGGCACCUGUCAGGAGGGCAUCCUCAGUCCCUGCAGGAGUAUUGAACUUUGUUCCAGUCUGCAACUCCACUGAUGCUCACUCCAGAGAACUACUGCAGGAUUUUGUGUCCCGAGCCACUCGCCUGUUUGUCAUUACAGGAGCAGGACUCUCCACGGAGUCGGGGAUCCCAGAUUACCGCUCGGAGGGGGUCGGGCUUUAUGCUCGCACUGACAGGAGACCCAUGCAACAUGUAGAGUUCAUCCGCAGCGCAAAGUCCCGUCAGCGCUACUGGGCCAGGAACUUUGUCGGCUGGCCGCAGUUCUCCUCCCAUCAGCCAAACUCUGCACACAGAGUCCUGCAGAUGUGGGAGCAGAGGGGGAAAGUGCACUGGCUAGUUACACAGAAUGUGGAUGCUCUUCAUUCAAAGGCAGGACAAAAAAAGUUAACGGAGCUCCACGGCUGUGCCCACAGGGUGAUGUGUCUCGGCUGUGGUGCCAUCUCAGCAAGGGAGGAGCUCCAGAAACGAUUUUUAGCUCUGAACCCAGAUUGGAGUGUGCAGGCAGGUGGCGUGGCUCCUGACGGUGACGUUUUUCUGGAUGAUGAGCAGGUCCUCCAUUUCAGAGUCCCCUCUUGUGAGUCCUGUGGAGGGAUACUAAAGCCUGAAGUCACGUUUUUUGGAGACUCCGUGAACAAAUCAACAGUACAGUUUGUGCAUGACAGACUGGCAGAGUCAGAUGCAGUGCUAGUUGUGGGGUCGUCGUUACAGGUUUAUUCAGGAUACAGGUUUUUACUGGCAGCGGGUGACAGGAAAACACCAGUAGCCAUCCUGAACAUUGGGUCGACAAGGGCGGACCACCUGGCCCAGCUGAAAGUGAGCGGCCGGUGUGGUGAAGUGCUGUCAGUCAUUCAGCCACUUUGACUGUAAUGGACAUUCAGUUUGGAUUCUCUGUUUUUAACCUGGUCAAAAUGUGAUUGACAGCAAGAUCAAAAAGUGACCUACAGAAUGCCCCAAAGUGGGCCAUAUGCCAGUAGGUCUGAGCAAUAUGCUGGAAGAUGCCACUACUCAUUUUUUGUUUUUAUUGACAAUGUAAAUGCAAUUGAAGUGUUAUGCUACAGAACCACUUAACUACUGGCAUAUGAUGGGUGGUAUGGCAUGUUGUAGGGCAAUUUUUUGAAUCUGUGAAAACUACCUCAGUUAAACUUUUAAAAGAAGCUAAAUCUACCCAAGGUGCAUCUUUGCUACAUUGCAGGGAUAAUUUGCUGCUUUUACCAAAGCAGGGCAAAAACUAACAUAUCCUCUCUUACUUGUUUUAUGCAAAACAUUUAAGUUUUUUAACAAGUCACAUAUAAACAAAUAUUUGGGAAUUACAACUUUUUUGAGCACAACAGAUUGGAAUUCAGAGGAUUUAUGUCGUAGUUCUUUUAGUUGAAGGACCUGAGUUGGUUAUAUUGUAUUUGGUAUACAGAUUAUUAUGAAUAUACAUGGUGAUGCAUAUGUGGUUAACUGUCUAAAGGCUCUCAGUUGAAGCUGGAGGCUGUAAAAUGCCAACUUCUGUGGCCAUGUAAUGGUUUCCCCUCAUGUGUUCAUGUGUCACUGACAUAGCUGAAUGAUAUACUGUAUAGCUGAAAUGCUAACUCAAUGGAAUGGGCCUUAAUCUCUGUUUAUUAAACUGUGUUGCUGCAUCAGGC